GACGACCAAUCGCCGCCGAGAUUCGCAACUCUCCCACGUCAGUCAAGAAUUAGAGCUCGGCCAGGUCGACGACACUCCAUCGAUAGCAAUUGAUACACCGACAACCACGAUGUCUGACCCCAGUGACCAUGACACCGUUCCCCAUGAGGACCAUAUCCCACUCAGCCCACAGGCAGCAGCUGCUGUUGCUGCUGAACCUGACGUGCCAGCUAUCGCUGCCCGAGUCAGAGAUAUCGUUGUCAACGACGACGAGGACGACGACAGCGAUCUUGGCACCCCCGGAUCACCCAAGGACCCGUUCAGCGAAGACGUGGAUGGCAGUGCCCACCCCCAAGCAACAUUUGCACACCAUGCAUUCUACGGCCCUUCGGGGUCUAGCGACCAUGGUCAAACCAUUCAUGACACUCGACGCGUCGAAAUCGGCAACGCAAAAAACGCUGCUGCUUACUUCAAGAGCGAACCAAAGGAGAGUAGUCACCGCGCAUCGAUGGCAUACCAACAAUCGUUCAUGGAUUUCCCGUCGCCCACAAACAAAUCCAUGUCGACGGGACCCCGGGGGUCCCUCAUCAACAUGGCCAAGUCGAACAUGCCUAAAAUCUCCAAGAGCCUUCCUGCCCUCCCGAGCUUCCUUAAACGCAGCGGUGUCAACAGCACCAAGGAUGUAGACGCCCCAUUCUGCGAUGGGUGCGGCCAGCAGCCGAUCAAAGGUGUCGUGUGGUCGUGCAGUGUUUGUGUCAGCUUCAACCUGUGCUCAUCAUGCUAUGCUCAAGGCGUGCAUGGCAUGGAAGGCACGCCUGCGAUGCAAAUGUACGAAGAGCUGAACGCAUUUUACAAACUGCAAAAGCGGUGCAAGCUGCUCACGAUGGAGUUUCUUGGUGUCCUUUACACGGACGUGUGCAAGAAACACGUCCCCAAAUUUCAAUACCUCGGCGACUGGCUCGCGGUGAUCAUGGACAAGAAGGUGAAUGCUACCAAGAUCCCAGCUCGAGGGGUCGAAAUCCCCCACCUGUCGCCCCGGGUGCGGACCAAGUUUGUGGACGUGCUCAUGCCGUUGGUGUCGAACCGUACGGACUUGCAAGUGUACGUGGAGUGGCUGCCGGAGCCUGAAGGAGACCUGGAAACCGUGCGCAUUUGGAUGUCAGAUUUGAAGACCAGGACCAAAUCUCCGUUUGCUGUUGCGAUGCCGCUGGUGCCCCCCGCCACUUCAGCCGCCACCACAGCGUAGAGUCACGCCAACGAGGUGAUAUCGGCCAAGUCUUUACAGUACAUGGAUAAUAUUAUGUUAGAAAGGAUAUCAAAUAACACAGUGCUCCGUGUCCAUAGCGCAUUACUACUAGUACCUGACUAACAGUAAAUUUAGGUAUAACGUUAAUACUAACUACUCCUUGCGGUUUCGCC